AUGUGUCCAUAUGUGUCAGACUUCUACACUACAGUUCAGACUAAUAUACUACAGUUCAGACUACUAUACUACAGUUCAGACUACUACAGUUCAGACUACUAUACUACAUUUCAGACUACUAUACUACAGUUCAGACUACUACACUACAGUUCAGACUACUAUACUACAGUUCAGACUACUAUACUACAUUUCAGACUACUACACUACAGUUCAGACUACUACACUACAGUUCAGACUACUAUACUACAGUUCAGACUACUAUACUACAGUUCAGACUACUAUACUACAGUUCAGACUACUACACUACAGUUCAGACUACUACACUACAGUUCAGACUACUAUACUACAGUUCAGACUACUAUACUACAGUUCAGACUACUACACUACAGUUCAGACUACUACACUACAGUUCAGACUACUAUACUACAGUUCAGACUACUACACUACAGUUCAGAUGACUAUACUACAGUUCAGACUACUACACUACAGUUCAGACUACUACACUACAGUUCAGACUACUACAGUUCAGACUACUACAGUUCAGACUACUAUACUACAGUUCAGACUACUAUACUACAGUUCAGACUACUAUACUACAGUUCAGACUACUAUACUACAGUUCAGACUACUAUACUACAGUUCAGACUACUACACUACAGUUCAGAUGACUAUACUACAGUUCAGACUACUACAGUUCAGACUACUAUACUACAGUUCAGACUACUACACUACAGUUCAGACUACUACACUACAGUUCAGACUACUACAGUUCAGACUACUAUACUACAGUUCAGACUACUAUACUACAGUUCAGACUACGAUACUACAGUUCAGACUACUAUACUACAGUUCAGACUACUACACUACAGUUCAGACUACUACACUACAGUUCAGACUACUAUACUACAGUUCAGACUACUAUACUACAGUUCAGACUACUACACUACAGUUCAGACUACUAUACUACAGUUCAGACUACUACACUACAGUUCAGACUACUACACUACAGUUCAGACUACUACACUACAGUUCAGACUACUACACUACAGUUCAGACUACUAUACUACAGUUCAGACUACUAUACUACAGUUCAGACUACUAUACUACAGUUCAGACUACUAUACUACAGUUCAGACUACUAUACUACAGUUCAGGGUGUUACGUAUAGUAGCGGUAGAAGCAGUAGUUGUGUAUGUUUCAGUCGCAGUAGAAUUGUGAAACUUUCACCAAGGCACUUCUGUACAGAAACAAUGUAAAAACACCUACCAUACACUAAGUCCAGAAUACAUACAGAACUAGUAUUAUCAAAAGCUAUUUAUAUUAUUUUAUUAUUUGUACAUGUAUUUAUUAUUCGUAGUACUAAAUGACAAUCAUGAAGGGAGUCACUAGUUUAUCGAAGAGGACUUUACAUUUAUUUUGUAAAAUAUGUAAGAAAUGUUCAACAUGUUUAUUUUGUAUUCAUUUAAACAUUUGCUCCCAGGGCAAAUAAUAGUCACACUCCAAAAUAAUAGUUUAUGUAAGAAAGUGUUUUUUUUUUAAACAAUUUCUAAUUUAAAUGAAGUCUUUAAAACUGUGAAACCUGUUUUUUGGAAAUAUAUCUGGAUGUACAGUGUAUAGACUUACCUUAAUGCAGCAGCAGCACAGUAGAAUAUUGUUCAGAAUAUCCCGUUUUACAUUUCUAUUGAGGAAGUGGCUUGUAAUGUGCUAACCUUUAGCUGGUAUUACCUACUCUAGAGUUGUGUGACUCUAAUCAUAUCUAUUAUCCCAAUAUCUACAAUAUCAAUCCCCAGUUUGUUGUUUUCCACUGUUAUUGGUUUUGUUUUGAUGCAGAGAUAUUGCUGUUCUAGAUCCCAAAAAGCGUAGAAGCGGAUUGAUUCAUGUCACUGUGAAGAGGCUCGUUCAGUACUGGAUGUCAUAAUGUACCAAAUCACUAUUAUUGAUUUAAUAAUAAUAAUAACAACAAGGAAGGAAUAACAAUGAUUCUUACACACUGAAAAGAGACUCUUCUGAGAAACUUAAAUCAAUAAAAAGUAAUUGUUU